ACCCAUCGCGAUAGGCGAGCGAGAUCGGCACUGGCCCUUUAACAGCCCCUUCCUGGAGGCCUGCCCCGCGCGUGCGCACUGUGGUUCUGCGCUUGUCAUCAUGGCGACACGGGGCCAUGUGCAGGACCCUAACGACAGGCGCCUCCGGCCCAUUUACGAUUAUCUUGAUAAUGGUAAUAAUAAAAUGGCAAUUCAACAAGCAGAUAAAUUAUUGAAGAAACAUAAGGAUCUUCAUUGUGCUAAGGUGUUAAAGGCCAUUGGAUUACAGAGAACUGGGAAGCAAGAGGAAGCCUUUACCUUGGCACAGGAGGUGGCAGCCCUUGAACCCACAGAUGAUAACUCGCUGCAGGCACUGACUAUUCUUUACCGGGAGAUGCAUCGUCCGGAGUUAGUUACAAAACUUUAUGAGGCAGCUGUGAAGAAAGUUCCUAGUAGUGAGGAAUAUCACUCUCACCUCUUCAUGGCCUAUGCCAGAGUGGGCGAAUACAAGAAAAUGCAACAGGCUGGCAUGACUCUAUAUAAGAUUGUCCCCAAAAACCCUUACUACUUUUGGUCUGUGAUGAGCUUAAUUAUGCAAUCUAUAUCAGCACAGGAUGAAAACCUCUCAAAAACAAUGUUUCUGCCCCUUGCUGAGAGAAUGGUAGAAAAAAUGGUGAAAGAGGACAAGAUAGAAGCAGAGGCUGAAGUUGAACUUUAUUAUAUGAUCCUGGAGCGUUUGGGAAAGUACCAGGAAGCCUUAGAUGUCAUCAGAGGAAAAUUAGGAGAGAAGUUGACUAGUGAGAUUCAGAGCCGGGAAAAUAAAUGCAUGGCUAUGUACAAGAAGCUGAGCAGGUGGCCAGAGUGCAAUGCCCUUUCCCGGCGCCUCUUAUUGAAAAACUCAGAUGACUGGCAAUUCUAUCUGACUUAUUUCGAUUCUGUCUUUCGACUGAUUGAAGAAGCCUGGACUCCUCCUGCUGAAGGUGAACACUCUUUAGAAGGAGAAGUACAUUAUUCUGCAGAAGAAGCUGUGAAGUUUAUAGAAGAUCGGAUAACAGAAGAAUCUAAAAGUUCUCGUCAUCUUCGAGGACCACAUCUAGCUAAACUGGAGCUGAUUAGACGUUUACGACGUCAAGGUUUUAAUGAUGAGUACAAACUGGGUGACCCAGAAGAAUUAAUGUUUCAGUAUUUUAAAAAGUUUGGGGAUAAACCUUGCUGUUUUACAGACCUCAAGGUGUUUGUUGAUCUCUUGCCUGCUGCACAGUGUACAAAAUUUAUUAAUCAGUUACUUGGAGUUGUUCCUUUGUCGACACCAACAGAGGAUAAGCUGGCACUGCCUGCUGACAUCAGAGCUCUGCAGCAGCAUUUGUGUGUGGUGCAGCUGACGAGGUUACUAGGCUUGUACCACACGAUGGAUAAAAAUCAGAAAUUGAGUGUGGUCCGAGAACUGAUGUUAAGAUACCAGCAUGGACUAGAAUUUGGGAAAUCCUGUUUGAAAACCGAAUUGCAGUUUUCAGACUAUUACUGUCUCCUUGCUGUCCAUGUGCUUAUUGAUAUAUGGAGAGAAACAGGUGACGAGACUGCUGUGUGGCAGGCCUUGACUUUGCUGGAAGAGGGAUUAAUCCAUAGCCCUUCCAAUGCUCAAUUCAAAUUGCUGCUUGUUCGAAUCUACUGUAUGCUGGGAGCAUUUGAACCUGUGUUGGAUCUGUACUCCAGCCUUGAUGCUAAGCAUAUCCAGCAUGAUACCAUUGGUUACCUUUUGACCCGAUACGCUGAAUCCCUAGGUCAGUAUGCUGCUGCAUCCCAAUCCUGUAACUUCGCACUCAGGUUUUUCCACUCCAACCAGAAAGAUACCUCAGAAUAUAUUAUUCAAGCUUACAAAUAUGGUGCAUUUGAGAAGAUCCCAGAGUUUAUCGCUUUUAGGAACAGGCUGAAUAAUUCUCUUCAUUUUGCACAAGUCCGUACUGAACGGAUGUUGUUAGACCUUCUACUUGAAGCAAAUAUAACAAUCAGCUUAGCAGAAAGUAUAAAGUCGAUGAAUCUUCGGCCAGAAGAAGACGACAUUCCAUGGGAAGCCUUGCGAGACAACAGAGACUUAAAUGUUUUCUUCAGCUGGGAUCCAAAAGAUAGGGAUGUUUCUGAAGAGCAUAAGAAACUUUCCUUGGAGGAGGAGACCAUGUGGUUAAGAAUCCGUUCCUUAACAUUGAGGCUGAUCAGUGGACUCCCAAGUCUUAACCACCCUGUGGAACCAAAGAACUCGGAGAAGACCACUGAGAACGGUGUAGCCUCCCGGGUUGAUAUUCUUCGUUUGCUCCUUCAACAGCUGGAGUUGGCCCUGGAGACAGGAAAGCGAUUUAUUGAGAAGGAAAUUCAGUAUCCUUUCCUUGGUCCUGUGCCUACCAGAAUGGGUGGAUUCCUUAAUUCUGGCUGUUCUCAGUGUCAGACCAGUUCUUUUUAUCUUGUUUGUGAUAUUUAUGAGCUGGAUACCAAUGGUUUAGAGGAUACAGUAGAGAUCCAGGAGCGAGUAGAGAAUAUUCUUAAGUCUUUACUAGAACAGUUAAAAGAUGUCUUCAGUAAAUGUAAAGGUGAUCUAUUAGAAAUUAAAGAUGGUAACUUGAAAACACACCCUACUCUUUUAGAAAAUCUAGUCUUCUUUGUUGAGACUAUUUCUAUUAUUCUGUGGGUGUCCAGUUACUGUGAGAGUGUCCUGCGACCAUACAAAUUAAAUUUACAGAAAAAGAAAAAGAAGAAAAAAGAAACCAGCAUCAUCAUGCCACCUGUCUUUACCAGUUUUCAAGACUAUGUUACUGGGCUUCAGACUUUAAUUUCCAAUGUUGUGGAUCAUAUUAAAGGGCUUGAAACACAUCUAAUUGCACUUAAACUUGAAGAACUUAUUUUAGAAGACACUUCUCUCUCAUUGGUUUAUUCUGCAAUACAGUGGAUACAAUUUGUUAUGGCUACUCUGAGUAUUAUAGGUUCAAGUUCACUUAUUGCUUAUGCUGUAUUCCAGAAUAUACAGAAAUCUCCAGAGAUGAGGCCACUCUUUUAUCUGAGCUUCUCUGACCUCCUCCUGGGGAUAUGCUGGCUCAUUGAAGCACUUCUCUAUGGAACUUCAGCAGCCAAUAAGGACAUUGUCUGCUAUAACCUGCAAGCAGUGGGACAGAUAUUCUACAUUUCUUCAUUUCUCUACACCGUCAAUUACGUCUGGUAUCUGUACAAAGAACUAAGGAUGAAACACACCCAGAGUGGACAGAGCACAUUUUCCUUGGUUAUAGAUAAUACUUGUCAAGUUGGUCAGAUAGCCAUCAUUUCGUCAAGCCUGAUACCUCUACUAUUGAUGAUACCUGUAUUCUGUCUGGGCAAUGCCAGUGAAUGUUUCCGAAACUUUAGCCAGAACAACAGGUGUAUCCUGAUGCACUCACCACCAUCAGCCAUGGCUGAACUCCUGCCUUCUGCCAACACAUCAGUCUGUAGAACACUUUAUUUUUAUGGGCUCAUCAUUUUCCUGGCCAGCUUUCUUCUCAGCCUCUUCACCAUUGUGGUCUUACUCAUCCAAGCCCAGACUCUGUAUAAGAAGUUUGUGAAAUCAACUGGCUUUUUGGGAAGUGAACAGUGGGCAGCGAUUCACAUCGUAGAGCAGCGAGUACGCUUCUACCCAGUGGCCUUCUUGUGCUGCUGGGGCCCAGCUGUCAUUUUGAUGAUCAUAAAGCUGAUUGAGCCACAGGACACCAAGCUUCACAUGGCCCUCUAUGUACUUCAGGCUCUAACAGCAUCAUCCCAGGGUCUGCUCAACUGUGGAGUAUAUGGAUGGACACAGUACAAGUUCUUUCAACUAAAGCAAGAAACUCGGCGUGAUGCAGACACCCAGACACCAUUAUUAUGCUCACAGAAGAGAUUCUAUAGCAGGGGCCUAGAUCCAUUGGACUCUACCCUUGCUUUUGCUACCAGCACCUCUACUACUCUUUGAAACUAGUACUGGGAUACAGGAACUGCAGUUAUUCCAUACUAAAGGAUUGGGAAAAGUGUUGGGGAACAUCUUUAGUCUUUUGGAAAUUAAAGGGAAUAUAGUACUACGGUUUAGUAGCCAUUCUAGGUGAAUUGGGCAGGAUCUUUUUAUUAUUUUCAGAUUCACUAGUGAUUCUUAAAGUCUUUGUUCAAGGAGAUGAAGCCACUUUUCAUCUAAGAGAAGGACUUAUUACCUUGGUGAAUAUUAGACUUGUCUAAGUCUUUUCUUAGAAAAAUUAAUUAUAGUUUAUUAUUUAUACAUGCCACUUCCAGGUUCUCUAUUCCAUGGUUUCAAGUGAAGUAGGGUGGCAUGCAACAGUUUUCUCAGCUGUCAUUGCUAUGUCUGCCUCUGAGGUUGGACAAAGAAAGUUUCUGUUCUUUGAAGAGGUUUGGAAACUCAGAAUAAGCAAGGACAACUAUCAAAAAAGUGACAGUGAGAUACUCAGAUGCACCAUAGUCUAGUCUCAUAUGUUCAGUGCCAUUCUAAGUCUUGGGACCAUCCUACUCUAAAAAAUUAGGGCCAGUCUUUUGAAGUUACAGGGAAUAAUAAGAUUUAAGAGAAAUCAUGACUAGAGGAAACUCUAGGAAUCAAAAACUCUAAAAUGUCCUUUACAAGCAGAAGUCCUAAGAAGGUUUAAUAGUGCUGAAAAUUGAAUUAGGUUUAACCAUUUGAACUUGCCAUUUUUGUAGGUGAAAAUGGUCUAAUAUCAAUUUUACAUGGUUCAACUUAACAGAGCUAAAUAUGUUUAUAGAAUAAAUGAAUAAAUGAAUGAAUGACUAGUAAGUAGAAUUUGAACCUUUGGGGGGCAAAAAGAUUCCUAGACUAGAGCCUCAUUUAUGGGUUGGAAUAUCUAAUCUGUUUCUUCUUGAAUCACAUAACAAAUAAUGUUUGAUCUUUCUAGUUAGGUUAUGAACAAGUCCAAUCUGAGGCUUGUUCUAUGAUGCCAAAACAAAGGGAAAAGCCAGGUGCACAAAACUGGAAUGAUAAAAUAUUUGGAACUCAUAAUCAUAUGAUUCUCACCUGAUAAAUUCCUUGGUCUGUCCAAUGCAAAAUCCUUAAGAUUAAAGAAAAUCGACAUGGGAGGUUACAAUGGGGGAUUUGAUAGGGUACUCUGAAAAGGAAGUUCCAGAGAGUUUUCCAAAGGAGCUCUCCAUAGAAAUUUUAGGGAGCUCAAUAAUAGCUCUUUAGAUUUUAGGCCAUGAGUUUCAGCCUUACUAUGGAGGAUAACAUGUCCUUGUUCUGUCAACAUUACAUCUUGAGUCUUCUCAUUGCCCCAAAGCUCUGGAGAGCUGAUUUCUGGGUAGCACAGAACAAGAAAGACUGCCUCAUCCAGGGAGCUACUUUACCUUUUUUUAAUUUGAAAACUAACAAGCAUUUGGGAUAUAGAAAGACAGAUGGAAGCAAGAAAGUAUUCCCAUCUCCAUAGACCUUGAGGAACACCAGAACUAAGGAGUCAAUUCCUUAAAACAUCCUUUUAAUAUUACUUCAUAUGUGGAUUAAUUAUCAGAAAGAUGGCAAUUACCAAAUAUUUGUCAGAUUUGUUCAUUUUGCUUCUGCAAGAUGAAUCUUUUGCAUUGACACUGGUCUUAAAUCUUCUAUGGAUGUAGGCAAACAAAAGAAUAGUGGAAAUGAGAAGUAAUAAAAGGCUAAGAAAGACCUAGGUUAGGCUGAUCAGUAUUUUGUCCUACUGAGAGUCAGAGGGGACACAUGAACCUGGGCCACUAUUUAAACUGUACCCCAUAACCCUUGAAUUCAUAAGGCACUUAGACAUAGACACAGUGGCGGUUUUUAAAAUUAUUGCAAAUACCCCUCCCAUGACACGAGGUCAGGUUGCAGUCAUAGUGAAAUAUAGUGGUAUCUUAGCAGGUUUGAUUUAUACAGAUCUUCUGUGGUGUCAGGGCCAGCCUGACAGGUUGAGCCGGGCUGAGGUAGGGAGGUGGGAAUUGAGAAAAGAAAGAAAGACAGGAAAGUGGGAUCAGGAAGACUGCAGCUCAAUCGAGGAACUGCAGCAAGUUUAUUAACCACACAAUGCUAUUUAUACACAAGACACUGAAUAGGAGGUCUGUCAAGAGGAAUGUAUUCUUUGUUCCUCUUAAUCUCUAAGGGAGGGAUAGAGCAGAAGGACAAAUUCUCGGUACAGCAAAUCU